CUCAAUUGGAUUCAUCAGUACAAGCAUGGUCUUUCAAUGGGAUUCAUCAAUUCAAGCAUGGUUUUUCAAUGGGAUUCAACAGUACGAGCAUGGGCUUUCAAUGGGAUUCAACAGUACAAGCAUGGUCUUUCAAUGGGAUUCAUCAGUACAAACAUGGUCUUUCAAUGGGAUUCAUCAGUAAAAACAUGGGCUUUCAAUGGGAUUCGUCAGUACAAGCAUGGUCUUUCAAUGGGAUUCAUCAGUACAAACAUGGGCUUUCAAUGGGAUUCAACAGUACGAGCAUGGGCUUUCAAUUGGAUUCAACAGUACGAGCAUAGUCUUUCAAUGGGAUUCAUAAGUACAAGCAUGGUCUUUCAAU